AAAUUUAUGGACAAGAAGUUAUCACUGAAAUUAAAUGGUGGCAGACAUGUUCAAGGAAUAUUAUGGAGAUUUGAUCUCUUUAUGAAUCUUGUGAGAGAUGAAUGUGUGGAGAUGGCAACUAGUGGGCAACAGAACAAUAUUGGACCGGUGGUAACAAGAGGAAAUAUUAUCAUGUUAGAAGCCUUCGAACGAGUAUAA